CGGCAGCGGCUACGCCUACCGCCCCUGAGAUAUUUUGCCAUGGCCUUAUCUUUGCUGGCCCACGGCGCCGCGGCAACUUCCCCCUCCCGCUCGCGCCUGCGGCCCGAUCCUCCCACAGCUCAAAGCAGAACGCCCAGCAAAGCAAAAGCGGCGAUGUCGAGGCCGAGCCGGAGCGACGCGCACCUGUCCCCGGCGGACGAGGCGGCGCGGGAGGCCGAGGUGCGGGAGUACUUCGACGACGCGGCGCCCAAGCGCCACACCAAGCCCUCCCGCAGCGACCACUCCGCCGUGUACGCCGACGCGCUCGUCCCGGACAGCUCCCACCCGGAGCUCGACAAGUUCCAAGAGCUCGAAGCCCACACCGAGAGACUGGUCUACGAGGGCGGCAAGGUAGGGGAGGAGUUCGUGGAGACGGAGUACUACAAGGAUCUCGGCGGCGUCGGCAAGCAGCACCACACGACGGGAACGGGCUUCAUCAGGAUGGACAGAGACAAGGGCGCCUCGUUCAAGCUGUCCGAGGACCCCGACGCAGCGGAAGGCCACGCUUCUUGCAAGGGGAACCCUGCUACCAACGAGUGGAUCCCGUCGGCUGACACGGUGUACCCGGCGUCAGACAAGCCGAGCAGAAGCGACAGCUGAGCAGUAUCCCCGGCCAUGGGAGAGGAUUCGGACAUGUGCUUCCACCAGCAAAAUAAGAAACCACAUCGAAAUGCCUGUACAGAUUAAUGAUGCCCCCUGUAACUUAUGAUUCUGCAUCGAAAUGCCUGUAAUCUUGAAUUUCUAAAGAGAUCGCGCUUCGCAAUAGAUUUCUUUGUUCUGGCUGUGUUGGCAGGAAAUAAAGUUUUAACCCAUGGUUCAGAUGUGAAGUAAAUAAAGGCUCUAGGAGCAAUCAAUAUGAAGAUGCACUUCUAA